CAUGUGUUCACAUGUGUAUUUCCAUGUAUGUUUUAUAAGUACUACUUCCUUGUUUGGAAAAAGGAGAUAAACAUUUCUCGGAAAUAGCUUUGACAGAUUGUCCAGUGAGCUGUGUAUGUAUCUCCUGUGGACAGGUACCAAAUAGUAAUGCACGUUAUUAUCUGGACCAAUAGCAGUGACUAAGUUCCACUACAGAAAAAUGGCAUAUUAUCAGCAAAGGACGAGUGGAAGGCCUUCAACCGGCACACACAGUAAUGUACACAUGAAUUAUGGACGAUCUACAUCAAGCCCAAAACCAAUGCUACUUCAAACCAAUGAGCUGCUUCAAGCCGAGCCUCGGAAGCAGAGCAUGCUACCCUCAACGAUAGGACCAAGUGACCUGAGCGAGGUCAGCGGGCUACGCAAACUCCUACAUGUGGCGUCCGAACUUCAGCAGAUUGAUCUUGAUUCUUCACUAAAGGCGUACAAAGAGUUCAUGAAACAAACAAGACAGGAACAUAUUUCGAAUUCGGAGGAGAAGAUCCUGGAAACUAGAAGGGAAAAACUGGAAGAGCUUAACUCGGAUGCAUUUACAAAGGGACUCGAAAAAUACGAAGAAAGUCUUCGAGCCCUAAUACAAGAGAACGAGAAAUUGCAGGAAGAGAAAAAGUCAUUAUAUGUCAAAUGUCGACAGCAUCAGGACAUGCUUGAUGGAUUGGAGAAGGAAAAUAGGAAACAGAAAGAAGACCUAAAGAGUAGAGAGGACGAAUUGAGGAAAGUAAAGAGCGAGAAAGACGCUGCCUUGUUUGAUAAAAAUGAGAUGCUAUCAAGGUUGAGUAAAGAGUUGGGGACGAAGCUGAGUGACAACAACCCGACUAUCGCAGACCUCAGUGACCCCAACAGAGCCAUGAAACUGGGAGAGAAGUAUUCCGAGUUGUAUGAUAAUGAUUGGACGGACGCCCUGGAUAUACUGUGUGGAACUGGGUUUGAUGAAGAAGCUGGCAUCAAAGUUUUGCUUGAAGUUCUUAAGAAGUCUCACCAACUUUGUGUAGAGCUAUCAGAGAAGCAGAUGGUAUCACUACAGAUGACUUUGGUAAACCCAGCCCUUCCAGGAGUGCCAAAACCAGCAUGGGGAGAUACGAUCAACCCAAUGAUUGCCAAAUCAACAUUCAAACAUCUUAAAGAGUGUCGGAAGGAGAUGUCGACAAAGGCCGUGGAAAACAUCUUAAAGGAAUAUGGUACAAAACAGAUUGUGGACAGGGCAGAGAGGAUACCCGACUUUUUCAAGAAGUGUCUAGAGAUAUGCUGGCUGAUGUGCGUUCAGGACCCGCCCGUGGUUAUCGGUGGGGAGGCGACCGUUGGCGUUUCUUUCGAUACCAACAUGUACAAGCCGUACACCAACAGUGGGACAGUUGUAUCAUACAACGUUUGGCCGCCCUUACUACUCCACGAGAAUGGACCAAUUCUUACGAAAGGAAUCGUUCAACCAAUAAAAGAAGAGAAAAAGAGAGAAAAAAUGGCUGAGAGAGGGAAAACUACAGCAGGUAUGCAUAGCCGAGGCUUAAGCAAAACCUUGGGCCCCUCUUCCGGCAAGAAUAUGAUGACCACCCUCAGAACACAUCCUUUCGGAGACCCGACUAAGGAGGAAACAUCGCCUCCGAUAGACGAUGGAUGGAAAAAAAAUCCUCAGUAUCAUGUAACAGCCCAAUACUAUGAUAACCAGGUAUGUGAAGACAGGAAAGUACCUCAAUAUCAAAUGAGUGCAUACACCCAGCAGACUACGUCUGCAUCAGAUUCGAAUCCAGCAUAUUCCAGACACGUGUACGUGCAGCAGCCUGCCCUUCCCCCUAAAAGACCGUUGUAUCCGGUAACACGACACCACGGAAGAGAUUAUGUAUUGUACGGACAAAAUCGUUACGAACUAGGCGAAUUCAAAAGGCUUUUUAAUAUAACAAGCAAUGAACAAUUUUAUCUUACUGAAUAAUAUUUGUAUAUAUUGAAAAACAGCUGAUUUUGGAUGUAUAUUUCUGUUAUAUCUAACCACGGCGAAACAGGUAACUUUUUAUUUAUUUAGGCCUAAUGGUUGUGUUUUGCAUAGUUGACAAAGUUGAUAACUAUGCAUAUACAUGUAGUACAUGUAGUACAUGUAGUACUGUCACUCUGACAAAGUAACGUCUUCACUUCAAAUCAGAUAACAGUGAAAAAUCAUAAACUCUCAUUUAAACAAUUAUGUGUCAUACAAUGUAGUAUGAAUUUAAGUCUUUUAAUAUCCAAAUUCCUGUUACUGUCAGUGGUUUUGCAAUACCUAUAUAUAUUUUUCGUUAUGCAAUUCAGAAGAAGUGUACUACAUUCAUAGACAUUGCAAAAUUUUACGACACUUGAUGUAUGAUAAAUCAUGUUCAUACAGCAAAAUGAUACUGCAGCGGGUUUUUAAAGAAAGUGAAAAUAAAAUAUUCAUAAAAGAAAAAUAUAUCAAAUUUUUUUAUUUCAUAGAAAACAUUUUGUUUCGUUGUAAAGAACCAUCUUCAAAAUACAUAAAUGAUACAAUAUCAUUGAAGCAGGAAUCAAUUUUAGAAUAACCACUAUAUGCUAUGGAUAUAGGCCGACAACUGUCAAUCUCCCACCAUUUGGACAGUUUGAGGGUUAUAUCUAACUUAAAACAUAGUCCCAUCUGAGUGCCUCUCAUGUUGAUUCAGGUAACACAUUUUCUGUUGGUGUUAACUGACUCAUUCAACGUAUUGGACAAAUUAGGAACGAAUCUAUUGCUACACUCAUGCAACCUUAAUGCAUGAUGUUGGUGUCUGUGGAAUGCACAUGUGUUCAUUAAGCACAAGGUCUUCUUACACUGAGGAGGUAAUUUUAAUAACUCAUACAAACUUUCUGUACGUUUAGGAAACAUGAUUUCAUUGAUUAAGCCUUGAGUGAAAUUUUGGAAAUAAAACAGAGGAAAAUAAGAGGCCAGAUUUUACUGUUCAAAGCGACAUCAUCCCAGACCUGUCUGAAAAAGUAAAUAUUGAAAAUAAGUUAAAUAACACAAGAAGUAGACAGGUAGCUGUUAAAUUUUGAAUGUGUUGAUUUUCACGGGUAUAUACACCGCUAGUACAGUACUUAAGCUGAUGACUUCUGAAUGUGUUGAAUUCCACAGAUAUAUACACCACCGGUACAGUACUUAAGCUGAUGAAUUCUGAAUGUGUUGAAUUCCACAGAUAUAUACACCGCUGGUGCAGUACUUAAGCUGAUGAAUUCUGAAUGUGUUGAAUUCCACAGAUAUAUACACCGCUGGUACAGUACUUAAGCUGAUGACUUCUGAAUGUGUUGAAUUACACAGAUAUAUACACCGCUAGUACAGUACUUAGCUGAUGACUUCUGAAUGUGUUGAAUUCCACAGAUAUAUACACCGCUAGUACAGUACUUAAGCUGAUGACUUAUGAAUGUGUUGAAUUCCACAGAUAUAUACACCACCGGUAAUAUAGCUGUUGAAUUUGCUGUCUUCUAUAUAUAGUACAUCACUGACAUCUGUGUGUUGUGUUGAUAUUUUAUUAAAAAUAUCCAUGUGUUUGUUAUUAUUGUUUUACCUACAUGUAUAUAGCUGAAGUACUCCAGUUUGGCUCCGCCAAAAUGUUCUCUAGAAUGUGAUAUCACAGCUGUCCAAUAAGUGAAGACAAUAGGGUAGCUUCAGCAGCUUAUUGGAGGAUGAAUAAUAACUGGUUAAAACUGUGAACAGCAUAAAACAGUUUGUAUCACGUAUGUAAUAUCACUUAAUGAUAUAAAUAGACCGUGGGGUGAGGUAUUGACACGGUGGUUAAAGCCAAAUGAUGAAAUUUUCGAAUAAAAUGCCGCGGUUUACCGAAGACUUUCUUCAAUAUUACAUCCUUAAAUCUUGAAUAAUCUUAUCUAUACAUCCUUCCGAAGGAAAUUUCUCCAUCUUGUCAUUUGUGACGUCUCUGUUGCUCAAUUACUAUUUAUGAAGAACAGGGUUUCCUGUACACAUAGACAAAGCGAUGACCUUCUCUGGAAGUCAUACCAUAUAUUGUUUUAAUAUCAAAGUUUUACUUUCUACACAAACAAUGUACGUAUUAAAGGUGUCGCAACGUUUUAAGACCGACUUGUCCCUUUGUCAAGCUAUGACUGAGGGACCAGUCGGUCCUGACAUUUUGCGACACGUUUCUAAACUGAUGAAUCUUUUGGAGAUAUCUUUUGUUUUUAUUUGUCUGCGCUAUUAGUCCCGAAUAAAAUAUAAGCUUAUUUUUAAGGUACCUGUAACAGUAGAAGUUGUUGUCUAAGCAUUCAGCCGAGAGCGCUUACAUGGGAUAUCCUUGUGAAUAACCUAACUCAUUAAACUGUAUAUAUGUAUUGUGUUUAAAGGACAUACUUGAGUGUUUUGUGUUAAUCUCUAUAUACUUGAUAACUAAAUAAUUAUGUGUCCAUUCAAUUUUAUUUAAGUCAAUGCAUAGAUGUUUCCAAAAAUAGUAAAGCAUCUAUAUGUAAGUCAUAUUGUUUAGUUGUUACAUCAUGUUAAUGUUUAGAAGCUGUCGUAUAACUCUUAUGAGAUAAUGCAAGAUGGCGGUGAGAUACAUGUAUAAAACGUAAAUAGAAGCAUGUCAAACUGUCAUAAUCUGCAAUGAACUGUUGCGGUUUCUGAGAUACAGACCAAUGACGUGCUAUUUUUAUACUCUUAUUAACCCUAACUCUAAUAAUAACUAUACUUGUAGCAAUCUACUAUUAUUGUUUUCAUAGCAAAUAUAUUACCACAAUGUAUCCAUGAAUGUACCAAGAAUUAGUGAAAUUAUUUCUUAUACUGUUCUAUUGUAUGCAUAUUUUACAUUGUAAUUAUUGUGUGGUAUGUUAAUUCAUUACAUGAUCAAUCUGAAUAAAGACCUUUUGUAUAAUAUACUCAGCAAUGCGUCUUAUAUAAAAGAUAAUAAGACUUACAGUAUAACAACUAUUAAGUCGAUAUCUUUUUCUGUUUCCGUCUCGUCCAGACUAGUUUGUCAAAGGGGCAAAUAACGCCCUUAAUAUCAAUUAGCAACUGAACAUGUAUACCUCUUAACGACAUUUGAAGCCGUUCGUAUCACAAAAUAUAAUAAAUAAAUCUA